AAACAAUGAUUUGAAGUGUUAUUAUGUUUAACAUAAUAUGUUAACAAUGAUUAUAAUUACAAUAACCGUAAUAUUUAUUAUUUAAUGCAUUUUUAGUAUCAAUAUAUGCUUUGGUAUGCUAUGCAGUGAUUAUUAUUUUACCGUCGAUGAUGACAACAAUAUGAGGUCAAAGGUCAAAAUGAUGAGGUCUUCGGCCGUCUAUUUUGAUAUCAAAAAUCUAUAUCUGAGUCGAUCUAAACUAAAACAGUCGUCUCAAGUGUCGGCACUGUUGUCGGGAUUUGCAUUAGUAGCUAUGGUGGAAAUGGAUGUCAAAACCGAGGGCGACAACAAAGUACCAUUUGCUUUGCUAUUGACAUUCAUAAUAGUGACCACAUUGUUAGUGUCAGUACAUAUGCUGGCGUUGAUGAUCUCCACGUGUAUAUUACCGCACAUCGAUGCCGUGGCCAACAUGGGUGACAGCGGCGGUGAUGGCAGCGGUAAUGGAUGGGCUCCGGCCUAUGAGGAAUCGCCGCACCGUAAGAUGAGACACUAUACAUCCAUUGCAUGGUUUUUCUCAACAGUUAUCGGCAUUUUUCUCUUUCUACUGGAGCUGACAAUCAUAGUUUGGAUCAAAUUUUGGUAUCUUUACGGCGGUUGGGUAGCCAUAGUGUCGACCAUAUUGUUGAUACCAGUUAUCGGCGCCUUUCUAUUUUUUGCCUACAAUUUCUAUCAUAAAUUAGUUAACUAUAAGUUCCAGAGGACGGAACUGGUACUUAAAGAGUUGGAACAGUUGGCCCAACAGUUGGAUACUAACACUACUGAUGAUAAUAAUGAUAAUUAUAAUAAUAGUAAUCACAGUAAGACUAUUGCAAUCGGCAGUCAGUUGAUGACUGUCUAA